ACCAACGCCGUAAGCAUCAUGUUUGGCGCAUGUGCAGAACGUUUCCAGGAUUCUGCAUCCAAAAUGUGGCCGUCAUUUCCUGCGAUUUGAAUUAUUCGUCCAUUAUAUACGGUCGACGAUCUAUGUGCAUUUUCGUGGUCUGUUAGAUGAAGAAUGGUUCUCUUAUUAUCAUUAAGCUGAUUAUGCUACAAAUAAUCAUAUUCGGUACCUAAAAGAUGGCUGACAGAUUUUGGAAGUUGCAAGAAAGCAGUAUAUUUCGUACUAAUGUGAAGUCCAUUAAAAUCCUUUACCACUCGAAUCUGAAUAUCAUCUUGGUAUUAUCGAAAAAUGGAGAAAUUCUGGUCAUCGAUGUUACUUCCGGCGUCGAACUACACAAAUCCGUCUUAUCUGAAUCCGGUAAAGAUUUGCUUUUGGAUGGCAUAUACCUUAACGCUCACAACAAGCUUGUUUUAACAAAUGGAGUUACUUUGGGAAUGCGAAGUGAUUAUAAUGGUAUUCUUCUAUUCGAUACGAUUCUGCAACCGGUUAUUCAAAAACCGUAUGACAUCGUUGAAGUUGAACUGCCAUUAUUUGAGGCUUUACUCAUUUACCAAGCGUUGAAACAAGUCGAAUUGCCUGCGGCCGAAAGUGUAGUAGAUUUGACCAACAAACUCAAAGUGCAAAUAGCUGAAAGUGAGAAUUUCGCUAGCGAUGGUGUAAAAGCUGAAAAAUGGAAUACUGUUCGGCUGAAAUCUACUCACAAUUCCUUGAAGUGGGUUGCCGGUACGAUGGCGACGGAGUUGAAACGCCAGAACCGUUAUAUACCAGCUUUAUCCAUUGCCAGUGCUAUAAACGAAAGAUUGAAUUGCUUGUUUCCAUCUACUUUUAAUAAUUCUAAUACUGAUCGAGCCUUGAUGUUCAGUGAAGCCAAUAGAAGAGAAACGUUUACCAAAUGGCCUCAUAUGGAUUACAAAUGGGCUCUUCCCGAUCAAAUGGCUCAAGCGGGGUUUUACCAUCAACCGAACACGAUUGGUGACGAUCGUGCUAUGUGUUUCACUUGCGUUGUAUGUUUGGUCUGCUGGGAACCGACUGACGAACCAUGGUCUGAACAUGAAAGACAUGCUCCCACAUGUCCUUUCGUUAGAGGUGAAUACACCCAAAAUGUACCGCUCUCGGUGAAUUACGCUACAGCGCCGGCCAUUACCUUAAAUGAUCGAGUUUCCUUUGGUACCAGUUCGCUUUCCGAUGUAUUUGUUACGUUUUCGAAAAAAGGCGUUGUUACGUUGUACAAUUACUCCCGUGUUUUGAAAGUUGUUAUUGAAUUUCAUGUGCCUACCACGUUAUGUGAAUUACACCAACUACCGAUCCGCAAUACCGAUAUUUUUUCCGAUAUUUGGCAACAAAAUGAUAAAAGUACUUUGGAGAUUUCUUUAACGAAAACCAUUACCGAGCAUCUUUUACGUCCUACUUUUUCGUACUUCAUAAGUGCUUGUUCUGUGCUGAGUGCUUCCCUUUAUAAUAGAUUUAUAUCCGAUUACGAUGAUUAUAAAGAGAAAACCGGAUGUUUAAUUGUCGACGAUGAACAUAACACCAUUUCCAGCGGACGUGUUCGUCCCUGCGUCGUCGUUGCUGUGAAGAAAAUACAUCAAGAUGUCAUGUUAGGAUGGAACGUAGAAAACCACACCGCAUCGGUAGAAACGAUGAACAACGUGAAUGAAGCGCUGAACAGUGGUAGCAGCAGCGCCGCAGCUGCAGCCGGUACGCGUCCUAAAGAGUGCCGAUACCAAUUACUUUUGGCUGUGUAUGACUUUCAUUACAAAGACGCAGACGACAGCGAUGGUACUUCCAGUAGCGACACUGCUACCAACGAACGAACUAUAAAUUCUUGUAAAACUGCCUCGACCAAGAAGAGUGGCACUGGCACUGGAACAACGAUCUCACGUAAUAAGGAUUGCGAAUAUUACGGUAGCAAGAUUUACGAAACUACUGCCACCUUAUUGGAUGACAUUAAUUUAAUGGAGACCGAAAGUCAUUCGCCAAAUCAGACUACUUCUGUGAAUAAUUCCUUACAAUCUGCCGCUGCUUCUUAUAUGUUUCCGUUCGAAGGAUCAAAUCAGCUAACCGCCAAUACAACAACCACGUUGAGCGAUCAAGUCGAAAGUAUCCUUUCGUCGACAUCGACCGGAACCAUAUCACCUAGUGAAGAAAAAUUACGCGACUCGAAAGCUGAAGAAGGAAUGGGUGAAGACGGCAACCGUGCCGAUGGUUCAAAGAACUUGUUGAAACUCGAUUCUAUGGACCUAGACAAAGAAGCCGCUCUAAUUCAACACUUCUGCCUUCUUGAGAAUAGCCAUCCCAAUAUGGAAGUUCAACUGUAUCCCGUACCAGACGGUCAGCAUUUGUUGGUGAUGUGUCGAAAUGAAACCGAUACGAACACGAAUUUGCAAACGUUAUCUAGUGAAAAAGACGAAAUCGGCGGAAUUCUGCUAUUGCUCAGGAUCAACUUCAAAGGAUCGGUUUUAUGUUUGGAAGAAACGCCAGUAGAGAAGCGUGUGUUUAAAUCGCCUACUAGCAGCGAAACUCCUAAAGAAUUCGUGAUGUUGCCGAUGUUCUUGAAGCAAGACGAGUCCUACUUACCUAAUAGUCAUAUACCGAUGGGUGUAUUGUUGAUGGAAAACGGAGAUUUGCAUUUGAUUAAUUUAAUGAAUUUGGAAACCGUAUCGUGUUUGAAAAGUCAGUCGGCAAGCCGUUUUGUUUCGAUGGUUUAUUGCGAUCAUUUAGAAAAAUUAUGCGUCUCGGACGAGGAUGGUGCCUUACGAUAUGUUUCCUUCAUCGAUGAUAAUUAUUUCUCUUUCGAAGAACCUAUCGCUGGAGAUUUCGGUAUCCAGCAGAGUAGCUCGUCGAAAUCCAGUGUCGUCAGUUAUCUUACAGAUUUAUCCAAAGAAAAUCCGUGGAUUUAUUUGAAAGAUUUGAAAACUUUGUACCGUUUGACAAAUUUUGAAAACGUUAUACCUUGUUAUCUAGCCAAUGUGCCUUCAUGCUGGAACGAAGUGAAACAGGCUCAGAAACAAAGACGUCAUCCGCAAUUGCUGCAACAGGGUGACAGUGAGCAACACACGAGAAGUUGGAAAUUACAGAUUGGAACACGAACGUGGGAGGAGCAUAUAAUCGAACUGACCCUUACUCAGAAUAUGUGCAUUGGUCAUGUCGACGUAAAAUUCUCGUUGCAUCCGACAUGCCAACGAAUUCCGAGUAUUCAAGUGACCUUAUUAAGAUUGAAAAAUGCAAACGGAGCAAAGUCUGACCACGAUGAACGAGCUGGAUUCCCAGGUACCUCGUUUCAAACACCAGUCAACUCGGAAGAUUUCCAUUUGCAAAAUAAUACAGAAAUCCUGUGCGGACCUGUGUUCCUAUCAUCCUAUCUCGAUUUAUCAAAACGUUCCGGAACGAUUACGCUGACCAGUCCGAAAUUAUUUCGCAGUUGUUGUAGAACUCUGCUACUUCAUAUCAAGUCUUUGGGUGGAUUUUCUCAAGAGGUGGCUGGCCCAGAAUCUGAAAACGUGAACGAUAAAUCGAACGUCAACGAUUCGAGACGUAAACUCUCAACGGAUGGUUUGAACAAACACUCGAAAUUUUACAGCUCUAUGUUGCUAGGAGAGGAUCAAGCUUUGAAGAAAGAUCAACCAGCGACUGGAACGAAUACUAAUAAAAAACCAUCGACCGGAUGCGAUUGGAUUUACGAACUCUCGGUUACCAUCCGUAAACCUAAACGAGUCGAUAUACCGAAUGAACGAAUCGAAAGAUGUCGUAUGCUGGAAAGUACCGCGUUUGCAGGAGGUCUAUUGGAAUCGUUCUGUCACAACGACGAUCCCGAAUUCAGACUCUUAGCUAUGGAUAUUUUGAUAUGGAUCACUUCGAUUCGUAUGUGCCGAUAUCGUUCGACUUUCGCCGAAGAUUCUUCAUGCAAAAAGCACGCCGAUGACGUAUCAUCGCAGCAGCUAGAAUUUGCCAAAGUUAUUGAAGCUAAAUUCAACGAUUUAAUUCAGUACGGCUAUAUAGAAGGUAGUCGAGAACUAGCCCAUAAAGUCACCAAAUUAUUGAUCAACUGUAGCACCGGAUGUAAAAAUAUCCAAGAUUCAACCGUAGUGCAAUUCGACGUACAGCUUUUGAAAGCUCUAGUCGAGUUUAUUCCGAAAACGUUACAAUGCUGGUCAGCAGGAGCAUUUCGUUGGUUUUUCCAGCUAUUGUUGUACGUCGUACCUCACGAUACGCAGGCGACUGCAUCUCAAAAAUGCUUUUCUCUUUUGCUUCAAGUAGCAAAGGAGUUGAAUUCUAGACAAAAUCCGUAUCAUUUGUUGCUCCGUACGAGAUAUGGAUUAUAUGGAAAUCCAUUCGAAUCGGAAUUAUUCGAUAUUGAGCCCAUAAUACCUGGUAAAAGUAGUUCGGUUCCGGUUACCUAUGCUAAUUUGGUGGCUGGUCCAAAUAUCGUGUUUAAUACACCGUCGACCAAUACUGAGCCAGCGAUGAAUGGAUUUUUCUCGAUUAUCAAACAACUGAACUGUAAAGAAUUCGCCAAUAAAGUCAUGAACCAGAAAUACUUCACUUCGGGAGCUAGUAAUAAUAAUAACAACAAUAACAACAAAACCGAGCUUUCUUUCUUGACUGGUAUCUCGGCCAGUCAUUACAUGAAAGGAUUACUGGAAGUGGAACCCCUUCAUUUCACGUGUCACUCGACUAGUGAUGGAACAAGAGUCGAGCGAGUAGAUUCCGAUGUGAUGGAUGAUGAAGCUAUAGUCAGCUAUUACGGUCCAGCGACCGCUACGAAUUUCAGCUAUUCUGCUACAGCUUUCGCACCUCACCCGGCAGGGAUUAAGAAAACCGAAAAAGUGUACAUAUUGCAAGAUAUCGGCGACAUAUCGCAAACGCCGUUAGAAAGCGUCAUGUCCGAGGAAGCGUUUCAUCAUUUCAAAAUGAGCGUAAUUCCGAAAAUUAAACAAACGGCUAAACAAUUCGAAGCAGGCAAACCGUUGAUUGUUAUCGAUCACCAGGCAGCCGGACCAUCCUACGUGCCAACGCCGAUUUAUCACGAUAAAGUCACCUACUCGGAUGUCAGCUCAGGGGAUCUGUUUCAGUAUACGGAUAAUAGUUUCCCGUGGCAGCAGUUGUUGAUUCCGCCUCCUCAACAGACCAUCAUCAUCGAUAGAAUGCACAGCGGAGCUAAACGAUUCGUCGUAUUAGAUUUCGGAUUCCCGAUCUGCCUUACGGAUAUGUUGGUGCCUCCGUGUUCGGAGCUGUUGUCGUUGUCUAUCGAUAUCUGGACCCAGUCCGAAGAAGCCGAUGGUAGAAGAUUGAUUGUAGCCUCGGAUAUUGGUAGUAAAAUGUUAAUCAUGUCCGAUAUUCAACCACCGCCUAUUUGUCGGUAUUUAAAAAUUACUGCAAUUGGAAGAUACGGUAUGAGUCCCACCAAAUGUAAAAUACCAAUCGGUACGUUUUACGGGCAUUCUUACGUGUUGGCCAGCGAUGGAUAUGCGGAAAAUAAUUCCUAUUUUAGACCGAAUUCCGAUUUAAAUGUCCAGAUGUUAUGUGGAAUGAUGGAAGACGUGCAAUGUCGAUACGGUUUGGUGUGCUCUAGACUGAGAGACCAAUUAACUCCGUUCUUGACGUCUGAAAUUCCGAAUGUCGAUCAUAUGAAUCACUACUUGAACAAAAACAAAUCGAAAAAUACUCCUAGCGAAGUCGAAUCUCAGAAAAUUAACAACUUGUACAAAGACUGUAUUACUUUCCAACAUCAGAUGAACUUAGUACGUAACGUUAUCAAUCGAAUUAGUAACACGAACCCGAAAUCGCCGCCUGUUAACGAUAUCAACGUGUUACUCGCGUCAGCCUGCACAGAUAAGCUGAGAAAUCUAACAGAAGCGUUGCUAGAUUUGCUGCUGUAUUUCGUGUAUGAACUUGGACCGGCUCCGAGGAUUCCUCCCGUACUAUACGACAUGUUUAAUGAAGAAGUAUGCCAGAAUGUAUUCAAUUGGCUGUGCGUUGGCGAAGAUAGCAGAACCCAGAUUUCAACUUGUACAUUACUAGUUCGUUUAUUCGGCGUGCAACCGUGGUGGGGCGAGUUUCUCGUCAAUACUUUCACCCAGCUGUACUCGUCGAAUUACCAAGCUGUAUUCCCGCAAGAUCGGGUGUUUGUUUUGCUUUCGUACCUUGGUCGUAAGAGCAUAUUGUCGGGAAGUAAUCAAAAUUGUAUAAUCGAACAUAUUCUGAAAGCUUUGCUCAAAGAAUUACUGCCUUUGGCCGAUACCAAUGCUCAAGGUUUCAUCAGAGGUAAAUUGGAUCUGCCUUUGUUAUCAUGGCUGUUGAUGUUUUUCCUGCAGUGCGUUGAAGUGCUACCACUGCCCAGAACUACCACUUCAGAUGAUGGAGAUUCUACUGAGAAGGAUAUAGAGAAUAUUCGUUGGAAUUUCAUCCAGAGUGAAAUCCCGGUACAUCGUAAACGUAUGAUACUUGACAAAAAAGGCUGGUGUCGUAAUUUCCGCCGAACCAUACAGAAAAAAGUACUACAGACGAAGCAGUUGAAAGAGCUAGAUCCGGCCACUGCUAAGAAAAACUUUCAGAUUACAUCGCAGGUACAAGCAUUAAGUAAACUUUCGAGUCACGCAUUAAAGUUAAAACAAGAAUUGCAAAACGUGCUCCAAAAUAUACCGAUGAGUAGCGCUAGCCUGUAUCAAAAGUCAGGUGUUAAGAUCAAACCGCCCAAAGAUAAACCAUCUAGCAGUAACAGCUCUGGAGCUGGUGUAGCUGCGAGCAACGCGAGUUGUAGUAGCGGUGCCGGUGCUGGAGGCAGUGGCGCUGGUGCUAGCUGCAGCAGUAGCGGUGGUAAUGGAGCUACCUCGUCAGCAUCGGCGAACAAAUCUGGAACUGCCGGAGGUAGCGAUGGCGCCGGCACCUCGGGCACAGCCUCGUCCGUUGGUAAAAUAGGAGUUGAUAAAUCGCAUUGUUUACCUGUGAUACGUGCUUUAGUUGCAUUUAUGCUACAUGUCGAUAUUACCUGUAACGUUGAUUUGUUCCUGAUUAGUUGUAAGGUGAUGUCUUGUUUGCUUCAAAUAUCUUAUUCGCCGAUUAUCCUGAAUGAAAUAUUGACGGAAGAUCAGCUGUUGAAAUUAUUACAAAUGGCUGUGUGGUGCGAAAAUGGAAAAUCGAUGUGCGGCGGUAAAUGGACGUCUCACGCUAUCACCUGUUUAUUGCAGGAUAUCAUGGAUAAAUUACGCAAAAAUCGAAUAUUCGUUAGAGCUCGUCGUAAAUCUUCGGCACCUCUGGAAGGUUCCAACGCUUCGGAUUACUCGGAAUCGCCGCUCAUGGAUGCUGAUACGACAGAUGCAUUCGGUACGUUCGUGCAGAACUCGAAUAACAUAUCCGAAGAUAACGGUAAAGAUCUAUUAUUGAUGUGUUCUUCGACUCCGAAAUGCGAUAAUUCGCAGUUACCAAGUUUAAUGGAAUCGGAUGACAGCGAAACAGACGAUAAUUUCGAAGAAUUCCUCAUGGAAGAAAGAACCAAUAAAGAGUUGAAUGCCAAGAGCAAAAAUUAUCUAUGGCCGAAUAUCUCUGUCGCGUUGGACUCGAGGCUGGAAUUCGGAGUAGAAGAAAACGUUGAAAUAUUCCUUCGUAAAUUGGCAGAUCGCAGCUCGUGUAAUUUAUUGCAGAGCGUUAAUGCUGUGUUACCGGUUUACCCCAUUUCCCAGCAAAAUGUUAGUCAAUUUAAAAUGGAUGCUUUGACGUUCCCUUGGAUGUCAGCUCAUUAUCCUAAUUCGUCUUCAACAUCUCAGAUAUUUUCAGCAGCUUUCGACAGACUAUUCACCGAUUUUAAUAUUAUGGGACCAAAUAAUAAUUUAGAAGAAACUCUUAGCUUAUGGCUUCUUUUGGCCGGAAAAAAUAGCACCGAACAGGAUCUGUUCUGUAGUAUGGUACCUUUGAUUCCCGUUUCCAUAAAUACCAUAUCAACUAUCAUGACAGCGGCUGCAAGACGUGUAGCUCCUUCGAUUCGCUUAUGGUCUUUGUUGUUUAAAUCUUUGACCAUUAUGUCGAAUUUAACGUUUGAAGGAUACGAGCCGAACAAAAGUAGUACGAGCUCUGCUUCUAAAGCAUCCACCGGUGCUACGAUGGUGAUUGUGCAACACGAAGAGUUUUCCCAUUUGUUAUCGUCUUUUCUAUCGUCACCGUCUGUCGAUGAUAUGGCCGGAGAAAACGCAGUAGGCGCAUUUUCCAACAUGUUGAGCCGUAUCGGCGGUCGAGUGAAAGCCCUAAGUGCCAAAGAAGGCUUAGGAGCUUUGCUGAAAGAACGCCUACUAGAGGUGUUAUGCAACUUGCUUGGCUCUAAUGGCGCCAUAGCUGCCCGAAGAGGACCGCUCGAUGCUCAAAUCACGUUUAUAUCGUUCUUGCAAGAAUGCGAAUUCGCCAACGUUGGAUUUUCCACAGCUACCGGAAUUAUAAUAAUGCUUGGCGAUUUAGUGUUACCAUAUGUUCAAUACAUGAAUGCGAUUAAAUGUUGCACGUCUUCGGAAAUACCCGCCAAUCCGGCGUCGUGUUUCGCACCACCGGCUCUGAAAAGUGCAACGAGCGCUCAGAAUGUGGACGGUCGACGUGUCGGACCGUUUAGUCGAGAUUUCCUGAUGAUGCAGUUGUUAAAGUUCGCCAGCAGACUGUUACGUACUCCUUCGGAAUUAUUGGCGACCAAAGUGGAAGUGACAACCGAUCCCGAAAGUCAGACUGAUGAAAGUAAAAGCGAACAAAUGAGCAUUGGUUCAGAUAGCGGGUUCGUUAAUCCGAAAACGCUGUUGGCAGAUGUUGUCUUGAGGCACGAGACGACAAUUUACCAAUUUUUGGACGGAUUGAAUUCGUGUUAUCGAUCGUCUUUGUAUGAGAUCUCAGACUGGCAUUCGUUACAAUCGCUCAGACCGUUGACUAAUCAUUCUACUGUGGCUGAUGGUAUUUACCAUUUCUUGAAUACGUUAUUCUUCAAAUCAACCGAACAACGGCAGAAAAUAUCCAUCGUUUGCGGAUACUUAUCGGCUGCUACGAAACAAAGUGGUGCUCCGGGUAACUCUUCGUUACAGUUAUCGGAUCCGAUGCUGUGGCUGUUUACUAAAAUGCUCAACGAACCCGAAGCUAUUCGCUGCUUCAACGAAUUCGGAGGCGUCGAGAUCAUCUGCUUGAAUUUGAAACGUUGUUUCUUCGUUAUACUAAAUCAGCAUCCGUCGACUGUAUCAUCAGUCAUGCAAUAUAUGUACGGACCUCACGGAUUCAACGUACCAACCAUGACUGCUAAAGGCAAAAAGAAACAUCUGGUUGAUCGUAACGAAGACGGAUUAAUUAAUUUUGCUCCUCUCGGUACCAUUAUUCUGGAUAAUCCGGCCGCUCAACCUGCUGACGUGCUGUUGAUGUCUGCCACACCUCAUAGAAGAGCCAGAUCGGCAGCCUGGUCGUAUCAUUUUUACCCGGAAGAGAAAUCCGUCGAUUUGAAGAUUUUACUGCCGUGCGCGUUCUUACUUAAAGAAGUUCAUUUGCAGCCGCAUCAUAUGUCCUUAGCUACGAGUCCAAAAGCUGUUUCAUUGGAAAUAUCUCGCGGUGGUGGCGAAUACAUCCCUAUACAAGCUCCGGUCAAAACCAGCGGAUUGGCAUUCCUCCAUAUGACGCUGUAUCAACCGGAAGUCGUCACCAGCGUGUUGAUUCGAUGUUACAAACCGAAAGAGUCCAGCGGCAUAGGUCUCUCGCAAAUUAGACUUCUUGGAUACUCAGCUUUCGGUGAUAGAACUUUGAGGAAUAAUUAUAACGAUAUUCCUACCGAGCAUCAGUUGAUGAAUACAGCGACCGCCUGGCUGCGACUUUACUACCAUAACUUAUCAGUCACUCACAGCCUGCCAGAUGUGGAAAAACAAAUGCUGGAUACACUGGCAACAUCUCCGGAUACAGUGAAUUGUAUCUGCAGUCUGAUAUUGUUACCGUCGCCUUUAUCGCUGUACUUUAAUCGUAUUCUAGCUCAUAUAUUAUUAAAAUUAGGAUUACAUUCGAAGGAGCUAUGUUUGAAUGUGAUUAAAACGGUGCUACGUAACGGAGUGAGCGAAAUUUAUAAAUGUGGUAAACCUGUUGACCCUUGUGCUACAAAUUCUGUUUUCGAGCUUUUGCAACAGUUAUGCUGCACCCAAGACGAACACGUAGCUGAUCGAGUUACCGUUAUGUUGAAUUGGCUGGUAGAAGUGGCCAAGAUCUCGUUACAAUCUAAGAAUGUAGAAACACCGAUACCAACCUACGUAUACUGCAUAUCGUGCAUCUUGUGGGCGUCUCAAGAGACUGAAUUAACCUACGAUUUAUCUUCGCUUCUGACACCGUCUUUGUUCAGCUUAUUGCUAGAAUGGUCAUCGAGUCUUCCUAUAUCGUCGGCGCUGAAACGAGCUGUAGACCGAGUUCUUUGCUCGAUGUACGUAAUCAAACCCGAAAACUAUUUCAACCUUUUAGAAAAUAUGUCAAUUAUUUUUACGACUUCUCCAGACGAAGAUGAUAGUAGUAGCAACGUCAGUGAUGAUUUGAAACGUAAGCAGCAUCAAUUCAUGCACGUUACACCGCAAGUAAUGCCGUACUUCGAAUCCAUCGGUAUUACUAAUUUGACCAAUUCGAAAUAUCUGUUCAUGUCGGAGAAGAUGUUCGCCACGCUAGCAACAAUCUCUCAGUCUCAUAUUUCUGCUCAACAACUGAUCGGAUGCGGUUUCCUGGCGCUUCUGGUCGAUGUGAUAAUUGAAUUCUGUCAACAAAACGGUAAAAUGAAAGAAGAAUAUCUAGUUGCAUAUGAAAGCACAAUGACCGACGCCGAUAAAGUAGACAGAGAAAUGAAACGCCCCAAACCCGAUGAUCGAUUACCAAUGAUGCAUAUCGAUACGAUUAGCUCAAUAUUGUUAUUCUUCUCGGAACUGUCGUGGGAAGGAUCGAUCAGAACGUGGUUGGGUUCGGCUGAAAUAUGCGUGUUUUGGGAACACCUAUUGGAAUAUUUGUGUAAAACUGUACCAUCGAUGCAUAUGAUUAGAAACGAUUUACCAUCCGAAUCGCUCCUCAAAUUGGAAGACGCUACGAUAAAACUUCUAUCGAAAUGUUGCUGGUGCUACCCAAAAAAUCAAAAAACAUUGGCUCAAAUUAUCUGUAGCGUCAUAUGCCAUCAAACCGAAGCGAUGCCAAGAAGAUAUUCCAAGUAUAACCUCGGAAUAACCGAUUUCACUCGACGAGUUUUACUUCAGCUGGUCCUGGAAACGGAGAAGAUUUUCGUAUCGGUCGAAACCGAAUUACCAGAAGGGAUCGAUACAACGUCGACUACAAACAGCGGUAUUCUAUUCCCUCCGCCGCCAGGAUACCCGUCGACCAGUCGUCAGCAACUGCUGUACUUGAACACCAGUUACACCUGCGUCGAUAUAAUCAAUCGAGUCGUCGGUAACAACGAUACAACCGAAUUGGCUGCUGCUGAUAUGAAAAUGAUUAAUACCGAUAACGACGUCGAUGUCGACGACGAAGCGAUGGAUGAAUAUUGCGACAAGAUCACCUUCGCUGCCGGUGUCACAGCUAAAGAUAAACGUCUGAAGGACGCUAUGAAUGAAGGCACGCGCGAAGAGAAUGUCAAAAAGAUGAAGAAACCUGAUAAAGAUCAACCAAACUCCAGUUCGAAUAAAGAUAAAGGAUAUAUUACACCAAAGUUGACGUUAUGGGUUCCAACGGAAACUAAAUACGUGAACGUGUGUCAAGAUUUAACCAUCUCCCAAAUGUUGCAAUUACUUUCAGAUAAAGGUGAUCCACUCGAGACACCUAUUAUCAAGUUUAUGCUCGUCGAGCAACGAGACGAAGCUGUGAGCGAUGAAGAUAAACCAAAGAAUUUCUUGGAAGAAUUUGGAUACUCGGAAUUACCGCCUGUUUUGAAAGAAUUCGUUGAUACCGGUGGCCUUGUCUUGGUUGCCCAUAGUUUACCGAUGGUCUAUCCGACUCAUUACCUGAGGAUGGUAUCAUCUGUAUACGAUAGUCCGACUAGUCACCAUAAUGAUCCGGCCUGGGUCAAGUUGGAUGAAACGGACGAAGUAUACGAGAAUUCUGUUUUCAAUGGGAAUUUCCAGGUUAUGGAUGAAAAAGCAGGCAACACGGUGAACAUGGGAAAUCAUCCGGAAAAGAGGAUCAUUCAUCCGAACGAAAAUUCGGCCAUUUCUUCUAUUAUACCGCCUCAUUCGUUGAUGGCGUUCGGGCAGUUUUUAAAAUUACCCAAUUACGCCGAAUGGCUGAUUCGCGAUCGUAAACAGGCCCAGUGUCUGUUACGACUUGUCCUAGGCGGAGGUGACGAGGAAGAUUUUAGCAUUGCGAGCGAUCCAGCCAAAUCGUUGAUAUUGAAUUCAUUGCCUACGUUACCGUUCGAAAUAUUACGCUACUUAUUCAAAUCCACGCCAAUUACGACCGACGAUGGAGUAAUUUUGCGAAGAUCGGCCUUAGAUCACGGUGCCAUCCACGUGGUACUCGCAUGCUUGGCCAUUUUCACCCAUCAACCGGAAACCAUCCAUUUGACCGAUUCGAGAAAUCAACAUAUGAAACUAAUGAUGGCUUUGAAACAAUGCUACUCGAGCGUUAAUAAUAAAAAAUCAGAAGACAAGUCGCAUCAAUACUGGGCAAAAGGCACCGGUUUCGGUACCGGCAGCACGACUCAAAGUUGGAAUGUAGAACAGGCUCUGUGUAGGCAACGUUUCGAAGAGGAACAUGUUACCGUUUUUCUACAAAUUUUAGCUUGCUACAUGAACCCUGAUUUCAAACUGCAAGAUCGACCGUCUGCUAUUCUAGAAGAAUUGAAUAAUUUAGACAAAGACUCUUCACCCGCCGAUCAACCUCCGUUACCUGCUCUGUUCGUUGAAUUGGUCGAGCAUUCGUGUUUGUUACCAGCGCUGGCGUCGUAUUUGCGCAAUGAUUCGGUUCUCGAUAUGGCACGUCACAUCCCUCUUUAUCGAGCUAUUUUAGUGCUGUUGAGAGUGAUGGCUUUGAAUUCGCAAAUGGUGAAGUUCUUGUUGCCACCGGAUUACUGUGCUCGAACGAGCUCCUCCGCCGAUAUCGAACCGUCUGGCGAACCGAUGAUUUCAUUGAUCGAAUUACUGCAUAAGAUGAAAGUCUGCGUCGAUACGUAUUCGUCUAGAUUAAGGAAAAAUAAAGUUCCCGGAGAUCUGGCAACGCGUCACGAGGGCAUCUCGUUUAAAACCGAAGAAGAGGAAGAAAGUGGCGAAGGGCUAACUACCCUCAUACCAGAUAUUCAAGCUACUGCUAAAAUUGUCGAGCUGAUCACUGAGAAAAUAAUUUCAAAAACGAAUCCAUACGCGGGAAUGCAAUCGCCACAGAAAACUUUAACCGCUGCCUCUAUAGAUGAAGUUUAUUUACGUAUCAUGAAGGAAUUGCAAUUUGAUACUUUCGACAUGAUUUCCGAAGAAUCGGACAAUCUCGGGUAUAAAUUCAACUUAUCGUACCAUUUCGAACAGAACGUUCGCUCGGAUGGCGAAAAGAACCAUCCUUCGCGUAUGAAACGACUCGCCCAAGAAGCAGUUACCCUUUCUACUUCUUUACCUCUUUCGUAUAGCUCAUCCGUGUUCGUACGUUGUGAUACUGAUAGAUUAGAUGUGAUGAAAGUUUUAAUUACCGGGCCAGCCGAAACGCCUUAUGCGAACGGUUGCUUCGAAUUCGACGUGUACUUCCCGCCAGAUUACCCAAAUGCGCCAAUGUUGAUCAAUUUAGAGACAACCGGUAGACAUUCGGUUCGAUUUAAUCCGAAUUUGUACAAUGACGGUAAAGUUUGUCUAAGUGUACUCAAUACUUGGCACGGCAGACCCGAAGAGAAGUGGAACGCUCAUACGUCUAGUUUCUUGCAAGUUUUAGUAUCAAUUCAAUCGCUCAUUUUAGUCCCCGAACCGUACUUCAACGAGCCCGGAUACGAAAGAUCGAGGGGUACAGCGUCCGGUAAUCAAAGCUCGAAAGAAUAUAACUCUAACAUCAUGCAAGCCACCGUUAGAUGGGCUAUGUUAGAUCAAAUACGAAAUCCGUCGCCUUGUUUCAAGGAAAUUAUUCAAACGCAUUUUUGGCUAAAACGAAAUGAAAUCACCAAGCAAAUAACGAACUGGAUUAACGAAAUUGACGAAGUUGGCGAUAAUAGUAAAACCAAUCGUACCUUGUCGCAUGGCACCAUGUCGCUGAAGUGCCAUUUCAAAAUGUUAUGCGACGAAUUCGCAAAACUGCCGCCGCCCGAAGGUCUAGAGGAGACGACCUCCUGCCAAGACUUCGAAUACAAACCUCCCAGUUCGCCCGGAUCUUUGACACCGACCGUGGUACUGGAGCCGGUAGCAAGUACGAGCGCUUCGGCUGCUUCUUCAUUAUCAUCGUCUCAACAAGCGAGCUUUGGCGAAAUAGAGAAACUAAUGGCUGAAUUGGAUUGACCAGGGUCCAGCUUCCAUUGUUUCGAUGUUAAUCUGUAGUGGUAUUUUUUUAUUAUUCUGUUUCGUUUAAUACGUUUUUCGUCUCGUCUCGUCUCGUCUCGUUUCGUCGUUUAUGUUCAUAACUAAUUUACUUUUUUUUUUCCUUCUCUUCAUCGUGUGCCUGUGCGAUCGUGUAUAAAAAGCCAAAAAUUGUGGGUAAGGGGGGAGGAAGGGCAAUGGAAGCAAAAUUUAAAUUUACGGUUUUGAACUGUGGUUUUUGUUCACUUUUACAAUGUGCUUUUUAUCGUUGUUAUAUUAUUAGCAUUUAUAUACGAGUAUUAUUAUAGCGUACGUAUUUGUUAUUAAAAUACAUAUUUACAAGUUUAUUUUUUUUGUUGAGCGUUCCUUUUGCGUGUUAAUAAAUUUUUUUGUAUAUUUAACUCUCUCUUUUACAUUGUAAUACCUGCGUACGUGUGUAUAUAUAAAUUUGUUAGUCCAGACGCCCUAUUAGUUUUUUUUUUCAAGAUGCAGUUUUUUUAACGAACACGAAUUUUUACGUUUAUUUCUCUCGGGUACGCGGUUUUUAAGAUCGUUGUAGUUUUAAUUUGUUCUUUUUUUUCUUUUUUUUUUAUGUAAUUAAAUAGAUGAAAAGUUUAAAUUAUACGAACCGAAAUACUUUUUAAGAUACCUAUGAUUUUUUUCUAGUAAUCGUGAACGUUAUAAAAAUUUGCGAGUUUUAUAUUUACUCGUAUUAAUUAUUCGAUGCGGUUUUUUCUCUAAUUGUUUUUGGUUAUCGUAUUUUAAUAUAUUGAUGUAAAUGUACACUUUUAAACUUAGUAAAUUUGGCGACGUUUUUAAGUGGCAUGUUUUUUUCAAAUUAUAAAAUGAAGUAAUCGUUUUGAAAGUGUUUUUGUAAUAAAUGUGAUCGACAUGGUAA